GCCAUGUACUUGAAAAUACGCUUGAGGCCCUUGAGGGGACAGACCAGGCUGAUAUGGGUGAGAGUUUUCUCGCUGCAUCCAGCCCUGCACCUCAAGAGCCCAACCUAUUUGAAGUGGUAGAUGGGAAUGUGCACCUUGGGCCAGGUAUUUUAAUCCCCGAGACAAAUCUGGGCUUUAUUAUGAAGGCUGGCCACGAGAUGAAGGUGGCCAGAGACAUGGCACGGGUUUUUUGGACCACAAGCGAGCUGAAAGUUUGCUGCUUGACAGGGCAGCCCAGCCGGAGAACUCCAGACAGUGUUGCAAAGCAGCAGGCAACGCCUAAUAAGGUCACUGCCAUAAUGAAUGUGGUGGAAAAAAUUAUAGUGGAGAAGACAAGUGACGUCCCCGGGGGGAAGCGGCGAGCACAAGCUCGAAAGGCCAUCCGCGACCUAUUUGCCAAGACCACUCGUCUAGGCCAGUGGACAAAAAGUACCGUCUGAAUUAAAGUGGGC